GAGUGUGUGUGUGUAGCCAGGGGCUGGACCCUGCAGUGACGUGGUGUGUGUGUGUGUAGCUGGAUCGUGCAGCGGGGUGUGUGUGUGUGUGUGUGUAGCCAGGGGCUGGACCCUGCAGUGACGUGGUGUGUGUGUGUGUGUGUGUAGCCAGGGGCUGGACCCUGCAGUGACGUGGUGUGUGUGUGUGUAGCUGGAUCGUGCAGCGGGGAGUGUGUGUGUGUAGCCAGGGGCUGGACCCUGCAGUGACGUGGUGUGUGUGGUGUGUGUAGCCAGGGGCUGGACCCUGCAGUGACGUGGUGUGUGUGUGUGUAGCUGGAUCGUGCAGCGGGAGUGUGUGUGUGUGUGUAGCCAGGGGCUGGACCCUGCAGUGACGUGGUGUGUGUGUGUAGCUGGAUCGUGCAGCGGGGAGUGUGUGUGUGUGUGUAGCCAGGGGCUGGACCCUGCAGUGACGUGGUGUGUGUGUGUGUGUGUAGCGGGAUCGUGCAGCGGGGAGUGUGUGACACACACACAGGCUCAGAAGCUGCCCUGGGAGGCGGGACCCGGCGCUGAAUCCCGGGACAAUGCCCGAUCUCCUCAGCCUGCUGCCGGCCGCGCUGUGCCUUCUCCUGGCCGGGUGGCUGCUGCGGAGCCAGCGCUGCCCCGCGGCCGGGCCGGGCGGCAGCUGCCGCCGCUACUCGGUGCCCGGCUGCGGCUUCCAGCUGAAGAAAUGGGCCAUGCGGGGGAUUCUCUUCUUCGCCUUCCGCCGGCGCCGGAGAGAGCGCGGCGGCGCCGCCCGGCGGGAGCCGAGGGGCUCAGGAGCCGGCCAGGAGGCGCUGGAGCGGCUGCAGGGACUGGUCUGCCAUGCCCACGCCCUGGAUUCAGUUUACUUCACUGGGUUUACAGAAACCGACAAGACUUUUGUGAUCACUCGUCUUGCAAGACGUCCGAAUGGGCUCUGUGAAAUGUGGCUCUUCCUCCAAGUGGAUGGAAUUGGAGAGUUUGAACACCCAGUACAUCCGGACAUGAUGGUGAGCAAUGAAUCUGAAAAAUGCUGGCGUGGCGGAGGGCUGAUGAUUGAGUGCUUAGAGCCACACAGACACUGGAAAAUAACGUUCAAUGGACAACUCAGAAAGGGACCAUAUCGGCAUCAGUGGAAUGAAGAGGAGGGCGAACUUGUCCACGUUAAAUUCUCUUUCCACUGGACUUCCUUUUCAGAUAUAUUUGACUUUAACCUUGACAGUCACCCUAAAGUGUUUGCACAUGCCAUUGCUUUGGAAAAGUGGAGUGCAGAAUUCUUCCGAAGAAUCAAAAAAGAUGGGGAACAACAUUCUCGUUAUGAACAAUGGGGCCAGUCUAUAGGAGAAAUUGAAAUUGAAGGUCAUGAGAAGAAAGAGGUCUCUAUGAGAGGUGUUCGGAGCCACUCUUAUGGCAUCCGAAACUGGGCUGAGAUUUACCGAUAUGUCAUGAUUUUGAUGCAUUGUGAGGGUGGGACAUCAGCACACUUAACUGUUAUUUCUGCACCAUCAACUACAACACAUCUCACUGUAGGUUAUGUUCUUUUCCCCGAUGGGAAGAAGGCUGGCAUUGACUGGUCCAAUGCCUCACUGGCUGAAAUGGCUGAUGAUGGUAUUAUCAGAGAUUUAUACCAAGUCAGUUUCACUGCAGGUGGCCAGUUCUUUGAGGUUCAUGCUAUACUUGACAAGCAGGCUCGCCCUGUGGUAUAUAAUGGUUUAACCGGAACAGGAGUAUUCCAUGAGUGCAUUGCUGAUUUCCAACUGAAUCAGACAGUCCCAGGCUGGGGCUUGGUUGAAUUUUAUUACAGAGAUACACCUGGGCAGCUCAUUCCUAAUUCUGGCUCUAGGUGGAAGGAGCCGUCCAUUCCUGCCAGCUCCCAAUUCACUGAAGAGCACUCUCAAUGCACCAGGGACGUGGCAGGCAAAGGAGCCCAGCUAGGUCAGCUCACAUAGUUACAGAAGCAGCUCGGGAACAAGGUGGACCCCAUCUCCGCUUAGCAGUCCUUUUUCCUGGAACAGCAUCCCGGAGUCAAGGAAGCCGAAGCUCUUCUGGUGAAACCAUCAUCACAGCCAGGCAUUCACCUCCAGGAUGUGCCUGUCUCUGCCGAGGCCCCUAUCCUUGACCAGAAGGAUCAACGAGAACACCACCUGCGCUCCCAGUUCCUUCAAGCUUACUCCCAGAGCCCUGUAGUCACUUCUGAUCUGCUGAGGGUCAUACCUCGCAGUAUCAUUAGUGCCCACAUGGAUGAGUUGCAUAGGGUAGUAGUCGGAGGGCCAGAUGAUCCUUGACAAUCCCUCCGACGAUCUCCUUGAUUUCUUUGUCCCUAGAAGUCACUACAAAAUGGGCACAGAACAUUUUGUGGUAAGAUACCCAGAUUUGUUAGUCUGUCUACAAUUGUACCAGAAGCAGAACCAGAAAAAGUAAGAAACUAUGACAGCACUUCUUUAAAACAGAUGUCCGUCAGUGAACUCAAACCUGCAACGCCAUGUGCAAAUAUUAAAUAGUCCUACCAAUACUUCUAAUAGAAAGUUUAUGGUUUAUAUCUAAAAAUACAAAAAUCUCUUAGACAUAAUCUGCAUUCUGCUCACAGCACUGAAUGGUUAUAAUGUGCCAUCAAACAGUAGAAAUGCAGUGUUAUUUAUUAGUAUCAUUCUUGUGAAAGAUGCUGGACUGCCAGCCCUAUAAAGUGAAGUCCCAUGUGUCUGCAGAACAGAUACACGGUGCAGCUGCAGUUUAAGUCUUGUCAAUGAGCCUUAACACCAGUUUAGGUGGGACUGCCUCCUGAAGGGCUAAGAGUAUAGUAGUACAGUCUCCAUGCAUAUUCAUUUUUAGUUUCUAUGCUCAGACGGCCAGCUAGGAGACUAUUAGUGCCAAAGAUGAUGGGGGUUUUUUUUCUGAUAUGGAUACCUGUCCAUUAGAAAUUGAGUUGAGAUCGCCGCAGAGAUAAGCAAAUUCUUUUGAAAUAGGUCACCAACUCUACAUCAGGUGGUAACUAGUCUGGGCCACACACUUUAUGUCAAUUGCUAAAAAGCUUUGUAGACCAUCACCAAAUUAUCUAAUUCCCCCCGGGAAUAAAGUUCUCUUGUAAUGUUUGUCUGUUUCAUUAGAGGGGCUUAAGUGCCUGUGCAGAAAUCCAUUUAUAGUAAUUUUGGCAACUUUUAUAUAAGGGAAAUUUAUUUUCCAUUAUGCUUGGCUAGUUGUAACAAUCUAGUUUAAAAAACAAACAAACCAGUAUACAUCUAUGUACUUUUAAGAAUAGAUUACUUAACAAUUAGUGUAGGUAUUCAGCAGCCAAGGCAAAAGCAUUGUAUUUUAAAACCUGAACAUAGUAGCAAAUAGACAGUUGUUUAGUAAAUGACUUUUGGGGGGGGGGGGAGUACAAUUCAUUUGCUGCUGUGAUACAUUGUAAAUUAUUUAGGUAUAUGUUAUUGUGCACUAGCUGUCUAUCACAUACUUAGAAAUAAGUUAGCUCUUUAUAAUUCAUUGUUGGACAACUUUUAAAAUCAGUUGCUUUUUAGAAGAACAUAAACCAUAGAAAUUCUUUAUUUAUCAAUCAAGACUGGGCUAAACAAAGACACAGACAUGAAUCAGGGUUUUGAGAUAGGGUCACAUUUAGAAAUUGGAAUCUUUCCAGCCUGAUCUUGAAUGAGUAAUGUAAUAAUCAUUGUAGUAAAUGCUAGUUAGACAGG